AUGACGCUGUCCCCAGAGGAGGAAGCUGCAUACAACGUGCUGUGCAUGCGAGUACAACGCGACGUCAACUGCCUCACGGACGCCGAUCGCACGGUACGUCGUCGAGGUGUGGACAAACUGCAUCGUGCGCUGCAGUACGAGGCACCGCGCGUGUCGGACGCAGUGCUGCGCGCGCUCUGCAUGUCCCAUCUGCUGCGUCCGUUACUGCAAUGCGCCGAGCGUGACGUGGUAGAGAAAUGCCGUGAGCAAGCACUUCGAUCGCUGCUGUUUUUGUGUGAACAUGGGGCGCUAGAGCAGUCGAACGCGACGCUGAAAGAGAUUGUUGCGCUCAUUGACGCUCGACUGGGUACGUUCCCGUUCCCCGAGCCCACGGAAGAGAUCCGUCUGCUUCUUCUGCAGCUGCUGUAUGCAUUCCUGACGCAGCUAGCAGCAGUACAUGGUACGCUGACGUCGUUGCAAGACGUCAUUACAGAGCUGGCCAAUGCGCUGAGCAAGACGGCUGUGGAUCCUUUCCCGGACGCAAAGAAGAUGUCGGCAGAAUGCGUCAUAUUAAUCGCUCGCACUUGGAAGCAUGAAAUGUGCUUGCAAAUUGGCACUAUCGUUCGGCCGAUGAUCGCAAAUUUAGGUCACCAGCACAGUCGUGUGCGUGUAUGUGCAUUGCAGGCACUUGAAGCAGCAGUGCCCUGUGGCUCGGAAGCUCUUCCACACCUUAUGAAGGAGUUACUGUUACCGGUGGUGAGCAUAGUGGUACUUGAUCAAUCGCCGUCCGUAAGGAAGCAGCUGGUAGUCACGCUGGCGACGUGGAUGGCCCAGUCUGAGCAGAUUGAGCAGUUUGAGGCAUCUGUAUUCCCCAUUUUUCUAGCAGGUGUGGCUGACGAUGCGCCCGAUGUGCGUGUCUUAUGUCUUGCUAAAUUGAAUGAUCUAUCAGUGAUUUGGGAGAGUCGCGGUGGGGCCAGAGGCGUUGGGCCAGGCGACGAGCUGAUGGAGGUAGAUUCGGAACCUGCUAGCAGCAUCCCUCCAUUUUUCUUUGACACCCGCCCACCGAUCGGGGCUCGCAAUUUCGCAGCAAGCAUUACAGCUCAGGUGUUGCCCUUUUUGCUCGAGAAAACUGGAGACUGGACUGCGCGAGUGCGUGAACGCUAUACAAAAGUACUGGCUGCAUACCUGAUCUUGCUGGAGCAAAUUAUGAACCCAUUUCUCGACGACGUAUUUGCAGCGAUGGGAAAGACGUGCCGUGACGACGAAGAAAUUGUUUGCAAUAGUGUAAAAGCAUGCUUGGUCGUUGUUGGCUUCUAUGCAGACCCCCGAGUGAUCCUGGCCUCCCUGCGUCCUAUGAUAGCAGGCACGCUAACGGCACAGGGUUCUACACAACACCGCACAAAUGGGUUGAAAAUGUUGCGCAUGUGUAUCGAAGGCAUGACGAAGCAAACCAUCGAUGCUCACUUGGAGUCGAUCACUGAAGCACUGUGUGAUGCUGCUCUGUGCGAAUCCGAAGUGUCGGACCUCCAGGAUAAUAUGGCUGGUGUUGUAGCUAGUAUUGUCAAGGCUGCUGGAUCGAUGCUCGCGCAAAGAGACGAUAGUUGCUUCCGUAUAUUCUGGAUAUUGAGCCACCUUCUAGCCUCGUCGUCUGAAUCAUCGGUUGCUUGUCAAACGGCAAGUAAAUGCAUGAAUGAGCUUGCAACCCACAUGAAGCAGCCGGUAGAGACGCUCUACACCUGCUAUAUGGGUAGACUUAUGGAUGCGAUGGCGCUCCCAUCCACUGCAGCUGCAAGCUGGCAAAAAAACAACCCAACUCGGCUACUCUUUGACUCACUUUGCCGGCGCGGAGGAGUGGCAUGUUUCCAGAGGCUGGAUAAAAUUGUGCCUGUCCUCGUGUUGCAUUUGGAACCAGCUCAGGACGCAGAUGUUCGGCUUGCUUUCCUUGCAUUGAUGGAGACAAUGCUGGAGAGGGAUACGACCGGUCUGGCCUUGAGAUCGUUUAGUGGGGUGCUACUUCAAAAGGCAAUAAUGCCUAACAUUUUUUGCCACGGAGAGCGUAUAGCUGCAACCAUCAGAAAGGUGGCCGUCGCUUGUGCGUGUACCUGCCUUCGUCAAGGUAUCGUCGACGAGUCAUGCCUCACUGAGACCGCGCCUCAGGUGCUACUCGUACUGCGGUCGGCGAUAGAUGACAGCGACGCCAACACUCGCCAGCUGGUUUGUCUUGCGCUGCAGUAUUUGUUUCUGGUGUCGCCCGGCUGUCUGGGAGAGGAACCUGUUCAGCAACUGCAUUCUGAGAUACUGAAGCGUCUGGAUGAUAGCAACGACAUUGUGCGGAAAACCGCCUGCCAGACGCUUGCCACGUUCCUGAAAGCAGCGCCAAAGAAGCAUGUACAAGGACCUAUCAUCGACUACACGUUGGACUGCCUUUUUGUCCACCUCGACGAUUCUGAGCCCGAAAUCCAGGAAGCCGUCUACAGCGUCUUGCGAGAAACCGUUGCCAUUGAUGCCCCCCGCCUUGUGAAAAAAGCGAAAGAAAGCCGUGGUCGUCAUCAGAAUACUCGUUACUGUGAGCAGCUUCUUUCAUUAGCUACUGCGGCGAAGCAGUCGACAGGAGACACUUGA